GCAAAAGCAGUCUGGACUCUGUCGUAGAUUUUCUCGAGGCCCAGCGGCGGAGAAAUUUGGAGACACCAAAAUCCCCGAAACACACACUUGACUGUGUUUGUGCGUGAAAAAGUCCCUUUUUAAAUCCUCACCACUUAUAUCACCUCAAAUAUAGGCUUCUUGUAUCAGUAGCAGUUUCCGCGGAAGGAGUGCAUGAAAUGGCAGCAACAUCAGCAGCUACCCUCUCAAUUGGAUCAACUGCCUGUGUUGGCGCAAAAGCCAACUCGGCUUAUAAUUCAAAGACGUCUGGUCUAAGUUUCAACUCUCGAAACUGUCUUAGGAGUUUUACUGGCCUCAAGGCAGCCUCUUCUGUGAGCUGUGACUCAGACUCCUCAUUUGUAGGAAAGGAAAGUUGUGCAGCAAUUCAACACUCUUUUGUCUCAAGAGCACAAAAGCCGAGCCAAAGAUCAUAUAAUUAUGUUCAACCUCAGGCUUCUUAUAAAGUGGCAAUUCUUGGGGCUGCUGGUGGUAUAGGCCAGCCUUUAGCACUUCUGAUUAAAAUGUCACCUUUGGUCUCUGCUUUGAAACUUUAUGAUGUUGCAAAUGUUAAGGGAGUUGCUGCUGAUCUCAGUCACUGCAACACUCCCUCCCAGGUUUUUGAUUUCACAGGAGACAAGGAGCUUGCCAGUUGCUUGAAAGAUGUAAAUGUUGUUGUCAUACCUGCUGGUGUUCCAAGAAAGCCUGGUAUGACCCGGGAUGACCUUUUUAACAUAAAUGCCAGCAUAGUGAAGGACUUAAUUGAGGCUGUUGCUGAUAAUUGCCCUGAUGCCUUUAUCCACAUUAUCAGCAAUCCAGUCAACUCCACAGUGCCAAUUGCUGCUGAAGUUUUGAAGCAGAAAGGUGUAUACGACCCAAAGAAGCUCUUUGGUGUCACCACUCUUGAUGUCGUGAGGGCAAAUACAUUUGUGGCUCAGAAGAAAAACUUGAGGCUUAUAGAUGUUGAUGUUCCAGUUGUUGGUGGCCAUGCAGGCAUUACUAUUUUGCCCCUGCUGUCGAAGACAAAACCCUCUGUCGCAUUCACAGAUGAAGAAGUGCAAGAACUUACUGUCAAAAUUCAGAAUGCUGGGACAGAGGUCGUUGAGGCAAAGGCUGGUGCAGGGUCUGCCACACUUUCCAUGUCAUAUGCUGCAGCAAGAUUUGUUGAGUCCUCCCUUCGUGCUCUUGAUGGUGAUAGCGAUGUGUACGAGUGCUCUUAUGUCCAGUCUAAUUUGACUGAGCUUCCAUUUUUCGCAUCAAGGAUUAAGCUGGGAAGGAAUGGGGUUGAGGCUCUGAUCAAAUCUGAACUUGAAGGUUUGACCGAGUACGAACAGAAGGCUUUGGAAGCCCUCAAGCCAGAGCUCAAGGCCAGCAUUGAGAAGGGGAUAAAUUUUGUGCACAAGCAACCGGUGGCUGCAUAGAAGCUUACUAAAGUCGAAGCAUUUAGAAGAUGAAUAAAAUAGUUCGAAAUUUACAGAUUUAUUGAUUGCGGCGGCAUUUUCAGUUUUGUCGGUGACCUGCAGCAAAGGGCUUCCUGCUUCUUUUCUGUUGAAGUGCUUUUGUACCAGAGAAAUGAGUAUACUAAUGUUGUAGAAUUUUGUUCUCAUAUCCGGCCCGUAGGGAACCUUUUGACGUUAGUGGGGCUAAAGAUUUGCAGCCCUUAUUUUGCAAAAUUGGUUAUCACUUUUUGCUUGUCUUUGGAUGCCAUGAUCUGGAUUUUGAUGGAUUAGGCUGCAUAUUUGUUCUACA